AUGCUGCCGCAGCAGAGCCAGGCCGCGGCGAUGAUGCAGCAGGCGGCCGCGAUGCAGUCCAUGUACGCGAUGCCGCCGCCGCCUCACCACCACCACCUCCUCGGCGCCGCGCCGCCGCAGCAGAUAGAGCCAAUUCUCACUGGAAAUCUGCCACCUGGUUUUGAUACAAGUACAUGCCGCAGUGUAUAUGUCGGCAAUAUUCAUGUUCAAGUGACUGAGGCACUUCUCCGAGAGGUUUUUCAGAGUGCUGGUUCAGUUGACGGAUGCAAGCUUAUAAGAAAAGAGAAGUCCUCAUAUGGUUUUGUUGACUACUACGAACGCGGAUCAGCUGCCCUAGCAAUUUUGACACUUAACGGGAAGCAAAUUUUUGGGCAGCCUAUCAGAGUUAAUUGGGCAUAUGCUAGCGGUCAGAGGGAGGAUACAACAGACCAUUUCCAUAUUUUUGUUGGUGAUCUUAGCCCUGAGGUCACGGAUUCUGCAUUAUUUGCAUUCUUCUCAGCAUAUUCCCCUAACUGCUCUGAUGCUCGAGUAAUGUGGGACCAAAAGACCGGAAGAUCAAGAGGUUAUGGCUUUGUUUCCUUCAGGAAUCAACAGGAUGCGCAGAGUGCCAUAAAUGACUUAAAUGGUCAGUGGCUUGGAAAUCGGCAGAUUCGUUGCAACUGGGCAACAAAAGGUGCCAACAGUGGCGAGGACCAGCUAACAUCAGAUUCGAAAAGUAUAGCUGAUGUAAAUAACAAUUUCACAGAAAAUGCAAAGCAGAAAUCAAACGAAGAUGCUCCCGAGAAUAAUCCACUGUACAGAACUGUUUAUGUUGGGAACCUUGCUCACGAGGUUACUCAAGACGUGCUUCACCGUUUCUUCCAUGCACUUGGUGCUGGAGCCAUCGAGGAGGUGCGUGUCCAGCAUGGCAAAGGCUUUGGUUUUGUCAAGUACAGCAAUCAUGCCGAAACUGCCCUUGCAAUUCAGACGGGUAAUGGUCGUAUUUUGGGUGGUAAACCAGUCAAGUGUUCCUGGGGCAACAAGCCUACACCCCCUGGUACCACCUCUGCGCCACUGCCCCCUCCUGCUGCUCCUAGCCACCCCGCUGCCGCCGAUCUCGUAGCGUAUCAACGUGCUAUUGCGAUGAGCAAGAUGGCUUCAACCCAGGCAUUGAUGCAGGCUCAGCAUCUCAGGCACGCAGCCAUGGGGAUGGGUGUAGGUGCGAGUCAGGCGAUGUACGAUGGUACUUUCCAGAACGUCGGUGCCUCGCAGCAGCAACAGCAGCAGCAGCAGCAGCUCAUGUACUAUUAA